UCCUUUGCUGCAUUUUGAGACAAAGAAAAUGGCUUCCCUACUGCUCUUCCAACUCUCCCCAAACCCCAUUUUUUUCAACCAAACCUAAACCCAAAAUCACACCAACAACAGAAGAAAAUACACAAAACAAAAACAUGUUCAGAAGCAUUUCAAACAAGGAAGCCCCAUCCUUCUCACACUUCCCAUACACCCCACCACACCCUACCAACUCUCCUUCCUCCGUCUCCCAAACCCUAAGCCUCCAUGCCUCCCCAACCUCCUCUCCCCUCCACCCUCUCAUUCCUACUCCCUCCAAGAACCCCGACCUCCUCACUGCCUAUCGCUGCAUCUCAUCCGUCCUCCAAAAGGACGGCCAGAUCUUGUCCAUUGCCGCAUCCAACGGCCUCGUUUACACCGGCUCCACCACCAACCUCAUAAGGCUCUGGAAGCUCCCUGAGUUCACAGAAUGUGGGCAGCUCCAGGCCAAGGCUUGCAUGGUUGUGGCAAUCGAGGUUUCCCAUGACAAGGUCUAUGCAGCUUAUGGCGACGGUAAGGUUAGGGUUUGGCAGAGAGCAUGGGAUGGGGGGUUGAAGCAUGUCAAGUUGGCUACUAUUCCAAAGACCGGAAGUUAUGUUCGGAGCUUCUACAUUGCCGGCAAAGAUAAGACUAUGAAGCAUAUGGGUGCUAUAACAUCCCUAGCGAUCAAUGUAUCCGAGGACAUCCUAUACUCAGCUUCCACAGACAAAACAGUCAAAGUGUGGCGAAUUUCGGACCUCAAGUGCAUUGAGACCAUCCAAGCUCAUUCAGGGCCCAUCAAUGCCAUCAUUGUCGCCGAUGAUGGGAUCCUUUACACAGCCUCAGACGAUGCUACAGUCCGAGUCUGGCGUCGCAACUUUUGCAGCGGCGACCAGCUUCCUCACUCGCUCACUAUAACUCUACCCGCCAAGUGCUCUCCGGUCAAAACCCUAACCCUAACCUCAGAUGGCGGGGUCCUCUACGGCGGGUGCACCGACGGGUACAUACACUAUUGGCUCAAGGGCUGGUUCUCAGGCCAGUUGCAGUAUGGGGGUGCGCUCCAAGGCCACACACAUGCAGUGAUGUGUUUGACCAGCGUGGCGAACUACGUGGUGAGUGGGUCCGCUGACUCAACCAGUAGGAUUUGGUCUAGGGAUGUAGAGGAUGGCCAGCACACGUGUCUAGCAGUGCUUGUGGGGCACAGAGGCCCAAUCAGGUGUGUCGCAGCAUUUUCUGGACGAUUAGGGGAAGAGACUGAGGAGGGUUGCACAAUUUGCACUGGGAGUAUUGAUGGGGUUCUUAAAGUGUGGCGUGUGACCUGCACAAAUAAAGUUGCUGAAAAUAUGACUUCAACGCAAAAUGGGUGCGACUAUUUUGAGCUCUAGAAGGGAAGGGGACUUUCUCAAUUAGGGAUCUAGCUAUAGCUAACUUGUAUACAUAUCUCAUAUGUGUACAUAACUCUGGUGUAGCAAUACUAAUUACGACUUUGCUUAUGCGUACAUAGUUUUUAUUUAUUUUUAAUAUAUAAGUGAUAUUAGGA